AUGUCAUUCUCUACCAUUGCACCCCCUUUGUCCUCCAUUGAGAACUUCGAGAAAGCGGAGUAUCACAAUGUCGUUUACGCUAAGGACCUAGUAUGGUUCUUCUCCAGAAACUUUGUUCAACAACCUACGUUCAAUUGGGGCCAACGAGUUACUUUCAUUGGUGGCUAUGCUGUUUCUUUCGAUACUGUUGAGAAGAAAUGGAAUACUCCUGUGCAGUUUCCUGCUGUAUUGAAUGAAGAAAACGCGACCGAAAACGUUUUCGAGCACAAAGGAGAAAUUUAUUUGCUCUUGGGAGCUGCAUUCGGAGGUGUAGAGUUCAAAUCGCUUCAUAAGUGGACUGGAGAAAAAUGGCAGCAGCUUGUUCUUAAGGCGCCAGCAAAAAAAAUAAGUGAAGAUGAAAAAAGUCAAGCGGAGUAUAUUACUGCAGUCAGUCGACCAGGCAGUCAUCAUACUACCAUUGUAGUAGGAAUGAACAGAGUUUAUCACGCAUACCGGCUUACCAUAAGCGAGAAUGCUGCUGAGAUUGAUUAUCAAGCAGAAUCCCCUAUGGAAGGAUUCAUGCCUGGUUUGCCAAUCGCAGCACUUCAAGGAAACGGCAAGGUGUUCAUCAGCUAUGGAGUUUUCGGAUGUGGGUUUAUGUGGGAAACAUAUAAACUGAUUAAGUUCGAUGAAGAGACGAAAACUUUCGAAAUCAUUCAGGUGGCAGAUGCUGAAGCGAGGAGUGGACCACCAUUUUUCUCUAGAGCUGAUUACGUGGGAACUAAUGCAAGUGGUGACUUUUUACAUUUGACAGGAUCUGUACGCGUGGGAAUGAGCGGUUCAGAACACAAUGGUUCACUAUAUGCCAUAACAGGAUUAUCCAAUGGUAACCAACAAUGGACGAAACUAAGCCUUGAAGCUCCACAAGGUCUCGAUGGAAUUGCCGUAAAUUCUGAGACAAACGAUAUUUUUGCUUUCAAUUCUGAACAUGCGUAUCAUGGCAAACUAAGUAUCUAA